UACCCCCUUUCCUUUCUAUCGACAACCGAACGUGUGCCCCCCUUUACGGAACCCGUUUCCCUCGAGCCGUUCCGUUCUCGCACGCCAAGUGUGCGCUCGCAGUGUGUGUGUUGUGCUCCGCGUGGAAUGUGCGUACGAGGCUGGUCACGGUGACACACCAGAGUAGGCCACGCAGCGAAUCACAGUCUCCUUUCCGUUCUUGCCGUUCCGUGCCGUGCCGUGGUUCGUGCAGCACAAUAGUCGUGAAUUUGUGACGGUGGGGUGUGAACUGUUGCGAGUGAAAGACACAACAUCACCACCCAUUAUGUAAACAGUUCCGCGGGCGCAAGUAGUACUUCAUUGCCGCGUAACCUCUACCAUCCCCCUAUACAGCCGUGUUGCCGUGGCCGUGUUCCGGUAGCGCAAUUUGUGGCAAAUUCUCUAUUGAUAAGCUCGUGUGCGAGGGAAAAGUGCAAUCGGUGCUCGUUCUUGGGGUGCAGAGAGUGCAGUCCAACCACGCAAUCUAACGGGAUAAGCGACAAUCGCGGCUUCCCACUGCCACCCAACGGGACUUUCAUGUUAGUGAGCAGCAGCAUCUCAAGGCAGACGGAAUUCCACUCCAGCACACAGCACCGUCCCAGGUGCUCCAAACUCCUCAAGACGACGAACCCCACUUACACAGGAGAUUGACCACGUUCGAGGCGGUACUUUCACUGGUCGUCGAAUUGAGAGCGUGCUGCUGCUGCGCCUAUGAUCACGAGCGCGACCUGCCUUUAGGCACGAAACGGUGCGUCGUUACAGUGAACGUUCAACCCCUGCCCUGGUUGCUGGCCUGCGAUCGCCCUCCAACGUACAUGUGCCAUUACACAACCCACCGCAGGAAACAGGCGCGGGGUGCGUAAUAGCGCCAGUGCAGUCCCGGGUGAAAUGUACCUUUCGGCUUAAGUUUGGUCAAAGGUGUGUGUGUGCGUGCGUGAAAAGAAAAACGGAAACUAAACUGACGGACACGAAAAAAAAACGUACGGAAAUUGGAGACAAGUAAAGUGACCGAAAACAAAAAAAAACAUCAUCAUGAGCGCGAAGGAUCAGCAGGAUCGCGCGACGAAAACGAUCCGCGUUGGAUCGCGCAAAAGUGAGCUGGCACUCACCCAAACGAAGCACGUAAUCUCGCUGCUCCAGAAGCUCAACCCGGAUGUGGUGUACGAGAUUCAUACGAUGACAACGGUCGGUGAUCGGGUGCUGAACAAAUCACUGCCCAAGAUCGGCGAAAAGUCUCUCUUUACCAAGGACCUGGAGGAUGCGCUCCGUACCGGUGGCGUGGACUUUGUCGUACACUCGCUGAAAGAUUUGCCCACGUCGCUGCCACUCGGUAUGGCCAUCGGGGCGGUGCUGGAGCGCGAGGAUCCACGCGACGCACUCGUGCUGAACGAGCGGCAUCGCGGCUGCACGCUGGCAACACUGCCACGUGGCUCGAUCGUCGGUACGUCCUCGCUCAGACGGUCGGCCCAGCUGGCGCGCUACUAUUCCCAUCUCGCCGUCUGCGACAUCCGGGGCAACUUGAACACGCGGCUCGCGAAGCUCGACGCGGAAGCGUCCAAGUUUGCCGGCAUCAUACUGGCCCAGGCCGGGCUCGUCCGGAUGGGGUGGAACAAGCGCAUCGAUCAGAUCAUCGAGCCGCACGAAAUACUGUAUGCGGUCGGGCAGGGUGCACUGGCGGUGGAGUGUCGCUCGAACGACGAGUACAUACUGGGCAUGCUCGGGAAGCUGUGCCAUCUGGAGACGCAGUGCCGGAUACUGACGGAGCGAAGCUUCCUGAAGACGCUCGGCGGUGGCUGCAGCGCACCGGUGGCCGUACGGACCGACCUGAAACGUCGCUGGCGAGCUGAUGAUGCUGAGGAUGGAUUGCCCGUGCGCAAGCGAGCCUCCCAGGACUCGUCGGACGAAAGCGGCAACGAAUCAUUCCAGCUCGUCGUGGAGGGCGCCGUCUGGAGCUUGGAUGGUAAGACGGAGAUCCGUACGAAGGGUGACUGUGCGCUAGAUCUGGCCGACAGUCGGGGGACGACGAACGGCGGGCGGAAACCCCGUGGUGGGGAGGUGAAAAAGCGCCGCCAGGAGGAGGGAAGCGCUUCCUCCUCUUCCUCCAGCCCGGAAGCGGAACGUGUCUGCCCGAUCGAUCACGAGCAGCAGCAGCGCAAGAAGAGUCCGGAAAUUAUUCGCGACAACGAAAUACUGUUGCCCGGCUGCUCGAAGGACGGCGGUGCGCGGAUGGAUCUGUCCAAGUUUAUCGACAUUCACGGCGAGCUGUUCAAGAAGUGUCCUUAUUCGUCCGAGCUGACGAAGCUGGUAACGGACGCGAAGGUGGGCUCGGAUCGGAAUGGCAACGAGCUGGAGAGUGAGGUGGCGCCCGACCAGGGAACGCCGGACGGGGAUGAGGUAAAGCCGACCGAACAGGAGCAGGUCGAUCUUUGCCCCAGCGCACGCUUCCCGGUCGGGCAGGAGGUGAUGGGUGACUGUCCGUUCGUAAGCACGGAGGAGAAGGUCGAUCUGGUGGGCAGCAUAGCCGUCGGACUGGUGUGCCCGGUUACGGGCAAAAAGCAGGACCAUGACAAUGGUGCUAAUGAGACAAAAGCGGCACCACCACCGCUGCCCGGGGUGGAACCGCUCGUAGAGAAGUGUCCGUUUCUCGCUUCGGCCAAGGUGCUCGAUUACAACGAAAAUCUCGAUCGGCGCCAGAUCGUGGAGCCGACGCUCAAGGACGACAGCGAGCAUCUGUUCUGCGGGAUGCACCGGCAUGCGCACAUCGAGCGGGAGGUGUUCGAGCGCUGCGAGAAGCUCGGCUACGAUCUUGCCCACGACCUGAUCGCGAAGGGAGCGCUGGCGGUGAUGAAGUGCGCCCAGAACGAGAUCCACUCGAAGCUGACAUAAGACGCGGUGACGGGACUUUUCUUACUCGGUCUCUACUCUUCUCGCCAGUUCCUGUGUAGGCGUAUGUUAAUAGUUGAAAAGAAAAAUAAGGACAAACCCCGUUGUAGCAUAAUUAAAGAGCAAUUUUGUUGAUUUUCCUGUCGUUCUACCGUUUUUUUUUGGUUUCUGUUUUGUUAUCUAACGUACUUGCCCGUUCGUGGGGAGUAUGACGUUGACCUGCCAGAAAAGGAUGCAAUGUGUUAUGUGUAAAGUUAAUGAAAGAAAGUGUUUUCUUUUGCAAUAUAAAGUCUUGUACUGGUAGACGGUGGAUUUGUAAA